GUAAGUUUCUUCCUAGUGUUAAGUCUGCGCUUCCCAGCCCCUCCCCCAGCCCAUCCUCAGGGUAGGGGAGUCACUGUGGACCUUAAAUUGCAGCACCCGGCCCUCCGCCCCGAGUAAAUCCAGUCGACGCCGUUACAGGAUUGAUCUCUAAAGACUCAUGUUGCCUGAGGAAGAAAUCCAGAAGAGGAGGGAAAGGAAAGGAAAGGAGUCAGGAAUGGCUGUUUCUCAGGGACCAUUGACCUUGGAGGACGUGGCCAUCAAGUUCUCUCCGGAGGAGUGGGCCUGCCUGGACCCUGCCCAGAGGGCCUUGUACAGGGACGUGAUGCUGGAGACCUGCAGGAACCUGCUCUCCCUGGCCGUCUCACAUAUGCAGGCGAUCAAGAAAUUAAAACCAAAAGCGAACGUUGACAUGGGAGAAGCAUUACAGACAGUGAUGUUGGGAAGACAUGAAAGCCACGAAAUCGGAGAUUUUUAUUUCAAGGAAAUCCAGGACCCCGUGCAUAUCUUUGGGUGUCAGUGGAGAGAUGAUGAAAGAAAUUACAAAAAAAUGCCCAUAACCCAUAGCGAAUGUCUCACUGACAGAAGAGAUGGACCUAUUAGAAGGGAUGUCGGAAUCAAGCCUGUUGAAAACAGGCUCACAUUAAGCUUUCGGAAUGAGCUGCGUGUUUUUAAAGGUCAAGAGAAGGUGGGUGAACUUAAUCAAGCUGACAAGACUAUCAGCCGUAGUGCCUCAUUUUCACCACUGCAAACAAUUUCUCCCAUUGUCCACCGCAGCAUUUCUCAUACGCAUGGGAGUGAUUUUAUGCAUCCUUCAGUACUGACACAAGACCAGAAAGCGUACAAGGGAAAACCUUACCAAUGCGAUGAGUGUGGCAAAACCUUUCCCUACAGCUCAAACCUCAGCAGACACCAGUUAAUCCAUACAGGAGAGAAGCCAUAUAAUUGUGAUAUAUGUGGCAAGGAGUUUAGUCGAAAUUCACACCUUGCGUGUCAUCGGAGAGUUCAUACUGGAGAGAAACCUUACAAGUGUAACGAGUGUGGCAAAACCUUUAAUCAGCGCUCCAACCUCACCAGACAUCAGAUAAUCCAUACAAGAGAGAAAGCGUAUGAAUGCGAUGUCUGUGGCAAGGUCUUUAGUCGAAAAUCAGUCCUUGCAAGUCACCAGACAGCGCAUUUUGGAGAGAAAUCUUACAAGUGUAAUGAAUGUGGCAAAGCCUUUAGGAAGCGCUCAGGCCUUACUCAACAUAAGAGAAUCCACACUGGAGAGAAACCUUACCUCUGCGUUGAGUGCGGGAAAGCCUUUAGGAAGCAUUCAAACCUUACUCAGCAUAAGACAAUCCAUACUGGCGAGAAACCUUACAAGUGCAGUGCCUGUGGCAAAGCAUUUAGUGUGCAUUCAGCCUUAAGGAACCACCAGGUGAUCCAUACAGGAGAGAGGCCAUAUAAAUGUGACAUCUGUGGCAAGGUCUUUAGUCGAAACUCCAUCCUCGCCAGUCAUCAGAGGCUACAUACGGGAGAGAAACCGUACACAUGCAACGUGUGUGGUAAGUCGUUCAUUCAGCGUUCACUCCUUUGGAUCCAUGAGAAGGUUCAUAGUGGGGAGAAGCCUUACAAGUGUAAUCAAUGUGGCAAAGCCUUUCCCGUGCGGUCAAUCCUUACCCAGCAUAUGAGGAUCCACACUGGAGAGAAACCUUACAUCUGUAUCGAGUGUGGCAAAGCCUUCACGAAACAGUCCAAUCUUUCUCAACAUAAGACAAUUCACACGGGAGAGAAACCGUAUAAAUGUGAGGAGUGCGGCAAAGCCUUUACCCAAGUUUCAAGUCUCAGCAGACAUCAGAAGAGGCAUCCGGGAAAGAAACCCCAGCAAUGCAGUGGGUGUGUCAAGGCUUUUAUCCGACAUUCGCAGCUUUCAGAUGAUGAGAGAACUCAUACUGGAGAGAAACUGCACAAAUGUGAUGUGUGCUGCAAGGCUUGCAGCCAACAUCCAGAACUUUGGGGUCAGGAGAGAAGUCACCCCGGAGAACUCAAAUGUAGUGUGUGUGGCAAGGCUUUUAGCCAGCAUUCAAGCCUUGUGGCACACCAGAGAAUUCAUACCGGAGAAAAGCCUUACAAAUGUAAUAAAUGCGAUAAGGCUUUUAGCCAACGUUCACAACUUUGGCGUCAUGAGCGAACUCACCUCGGAGAGAAAUCUCAUCAAUGCAACGAAUGCGGCAAAGCCUUUACGGAUCGUUCCCAUCUUAAUCGACAUAAGAUAAUUCAUACGGGUGAGAAGCCUUACAAAUGCCAUGUGUGUGGCAGAGCUUUUACCCAAUUUGCAAACCUUGCUCGGCAUCAGAAAAUACAUACUGAAAAGAAGCAUUGUAAACUAGGAGUUCCCGUCGUGGCUCUGUGGUUAACAAAUCCAACUAGGAACCAUGAGGUUGCGGGUUCGAUACCCGGCCUAGAUCCGUGGGUUAAGGAUCCGGCAUUGCCGUGAGCUGUGGUGUAGGUCGCAGAUGCGGCUGGGAUCCCAUGUUGCUGUGCCUCUGGCGCAGGCCAGGAGCUACAGCUCUGAUUAGACCCCUAGCCUGGGAACCUCCAUAUGCCGUGGGUGCAGCCCUAAAAGGACAAAAAACAAAAUAAAUAAACAAACAAACAAACCCAAUAUAUGUAGCGCUGCUCUUAGUAAAAGCUGAAGCUAUGAGGAUCCUCCGAGAAUUCAUAAUAGAAGGAAACCUUGCAAAUACAAUGACUGGGAUAAAACUUAUGCAAGUGUUAAAGCCUUAAAAUCACAGAUUCCGUCAAGGAGAGAAAUCAUGUAUAAUUUAUGUGUAUGACAAAGCCUGUAAUACCAGGCCUUUGGUAUCAGAAUGUACAUCUCUUUUUUUAAGUUGUUUAUUUUACAGUUGCACCCACAGCACAUGGAAGUUCCCGGACCAGGGAUUAAAUCUGAGCCACCGCAGCAACGCUGGAUCCUUUAACCCACUGCAGCGGGCUGGGGAUCGAAGCCCCACCUCCACAGCAACCCGAGCCACUGGCAGUUAGAUUCCACAGCGGGAACUCCCAGCAUAUACACCUUUGAGAGAAACCACACAAGUGCGAUGACUGUAUCACAAAGGUUAUCCAAAGUUUAAGCCUCGCGGCACAUAACAGAAUUCUUAGUGGAGAGAAACCUUGCAAAGGUAAUGACUGUGACCAGCUUUAUCAAAACGGGUACCUUUGUGCUCAGGAAGGAAUUCAUGUCAGAUAGGAGCCAUACAAGCAUGUCAGGGCCUUUAGGCAGUGACCUCAGGACAUUAUACCCCACAGAAGUCCUACUCAACAGAAAUGUUACAAAGGUAGCGGUGAUUCUUACACACAUAGGAAACUUUAUACUGGAGAAACUAGGCCUGUCAGCGGAACCAAGGAUAUCUGGGGGAAAGUGUGAUUAUCUUCUUCAGCUUGCAAGAUUUUUUUUUUUUUUCUAUUAUUUGAGGUUUCUAGAAAAGGCUCCAUUGCCGGUGGGUGACAUGCAACCUGAGGUUCGAAACCCACGGAUGUGAUCGUUUCAUUCCAUGCUUUUUCAUUUGUCACCAUGAGGAUCUCAGGGCAGGGACCGGUGCGCUGCAAGGACCUGCUUCAUCCGGUGGGGUUUAUUCAUACCCACGUAACCUAGAAAACGAGGACACAGUUUUAAGAUGCAGUGUGGCGUAAACGAGAGACCAUGGGGGAUGGCAGAACCCGUGAACACUAAUAAUACAUUGUUUGGCUGUCUAAGUUGCGUGGCGUCUAUAACAGUCUCUCUCCAUGUUAGAGUCAAGGAACUUGCAGUUUUGAAAAUGUGCUAUGUUCAUAAUCGGCAUUUCAGUUGUGUGCUCCAUGGUGUAUCCCAGGUUACGUCUGAAGCUCUAAUAAAAAUAUCCUACUAGUGAACUUUUCA